CGUGUAUGUACGGCACUGGUGCGUAAUGUAGUUGGAUUUUUAGUUAACGAGACGUAACUGGAAAUUUAAUGAACCAACGGAUAUUGACGGUGCAAUUGGUGUGAGGAUAUUUCUACUCGGUCAACGAGAUGAAGAACGAAAGAAAACCGGAUCGUUUCCUGCAACAGAAGAGACAUUGCAGGAUUUUAUCAAUACUGUUAGCAGUCGGUACAGCAAUCACUGUUAACAAAGACGGGAAGAAUAAGCCGUUGAUUGCAAGGAAACACGAUAAGAGAGGUUUAGCUACUUUGGAAUAUGGUUUUCAACACGAACACCAUUAUCAUCCUGAACCAGCUGCUGUUUACGAGGCGUCAGUUCCGGAAGUAGCUGGACAUUUGGAAGCUAUACCAGCAGCAAACGUACUGCAUCCUCCGGUACAUCCACCUGUGGUACAUCCAGCUCCGGUGGUACCGUUGCCGUUGCCGCAGCCUGUUCCACAUCCGGUACCAGUCGCAGUUCCUGUGACGAAACACAUACCGAUACCGGUACCGGUACCAGUGGAUCGCCCUGUUGCUGUGCCAGUCGCAGUUCCGGUACCAAAACCGUAUCCCGUUCACGUGGAGAGGCUGGUGCACGUUGACAGACCAGUUGCAGUACCGGUUGAAAAGACGAUUCACGUACCUGUAGAUCGGCCUGUAGCCGUUCCAGUACCCGUACCGAAGCCGUACCCGGUUCCAUACGAGAAGAUCGUUCACAUCGACAGACCGUACCCUGUGCACGUAGCUGUACCUUAUCACGUCCCUAAACCUUAUCCCGUACCUGUUGCCAUUCAUGCUCACAAACACCAUGGAUGGCUUAAGUAAGGUUUCAGUGGAACGUAAGUGCUCGUCUCUUCGCGUCGAACAUUAACACGUUGAACGCCAUGGGGGUCACCGGUGACCGGUUGAAUAAUUAAAAGAAAACAAUAGAAAAACAUUAUUUUAGUAAAGUGGCAAAUAGAAAGCUUGAAAUUUGAAAAUUAAUUAUUACUAUUCUUAGUAAUUAGAGCUUUAAUACGUCCUAUAAAAAAUGCCGAAUUUCACUGUGGCGUUCAACGUGUUAAGAUGUUUUAAAAGGUGUUUAUUUAGAAGGAAGGGUAACGUUUAUCAUAAAUAUAGAAUAUGAGUUGUAAAAUAAAGAAAAGGUGAUUGUACAAAGAACUGAUAAUAUUAGCAACCAACAUGUAUGUUAACCAGGUCAAAUGGGAUACUUACGUACCCCAUAGUCCAUACUUGGGUAAUUUUCAAUAAAUUCAAUUAAAUAAACAUAAAAUCUCACUUAAAGGAAGUGUCUCUCUGUAAGGAAACGAACGAAUUGUAGAUGUCAAAGGUGAAUUUAUUCAAACUCCUGCUUGUUAUAAGUUAUUCAUUUGAAACUUUGCUUACUAUAAUAUGUACUUACUCGAUGUAUCAUUUUUCCUAUCGCUACCAAGUAAUUGUUCGUUUAUGAUUGAUUAAUUGUCAGCUUUCUAUUUAUCUACGUUGCGUUGAUUAAACCGUGUUCAACGGCUUUCGAUAGUUGUUCAUUCGCAGACAUAUGUGUAGUUGGUACUAUCAACGUAAUUACAGCAGUCGGUGUUCCAAGGAUAAUCGUCGUAUCUCGAUUCAUUGGUUACGAAACAAUUCCUUUUUUUUUUUUUCUCCCUGAAAGACAAUUAUAUUCCAUUAUGAAACUGAAAUUAAUAUUUAUAAAUCAGGCACGUGGCAAUGGGACAUUUGCAAUCGUCAAUUUUUAUUUCAUUCAAAUAAAUUUCAAGUAUUCCUCUUCCACGAGUACUCUAUUUCAUUUAUACAUUUUAUUAAGUGUUAAUCUUAUUCGAAACAUACUUUGUCUAUUUUUCGUUAACAUUUAAUACAGUUAGGUAUAGGUACAUGGUUAGAUUAUUCAAGUAAGUCUGUUUGACACAAGUUGCAAGUGAAACUGAUAACGUAAAGGUUUUGAAAUCGAACGUGUGUUCUAGCGUGUAACAGGUAUCUAUAGAAAGCUCAUAUUUAAUAGAUAAUUCUACACCUUUCCGCUCGAUAGGCGUUAUACUUGACACGGAAACAAACGGUAGCUACUCGUUCACGAAUAAAUCUAUAACGCUAAUCUAUACGUAUGUAUGUAUACCUAUAUAAGUAUAUCUAUAAUAUAAAGCAAUAUUUACUAA